UGUGGACUUCUCCCGGUUCUGCUGGACAUUGAGAGGUUUCAGCUGGUGGUGGGAGCUAGGAACAACAUCCUGGCACUGCAGCUUAGAGAUCUGAGUCUUGUGCAGGAGUCAGAGUGGGCUCCUGAUAAUGACACAAGACUGAUGUGCAAAAGUAAAGGACAAUCUGAGGAGGAUUGCCAUAACUACGUCAGAGUUUUGCUGUCACAUGGAGACGAGCUGUUCACUUGUGGGACCAACGCUUUCUCUCCUGUCUGCUCGACAAGACUGUUAUCCAAUUUGUCGUCAGUGAGCCAGGAGGUCAGCGGUGUGGCGAAGUGUCCUUACGACCCUCGGCACAACACCACUGCCCUGCUGAGUACAGAGGGUGAGCUUUAUACGGCCACGUGUAUGGAUCUCACUGCCAGGGAUCCCGCUAUCUACCGUAUGAUGGGCCAGCAUCCCACACUCAGGACUGUACAGUACAACUCCAAAUGGCUCAAUGAGCCCAACUUUGUAUCUUCCUAUGAGAUUGGAGACUUCAUUUACUUCUUCUUUAGAGAGACAGCAGCUGAAAAUGAAAACUGUGGAAAGACGGUGUUCUCCAGAGUUGCAAGAAUUUGCAAGAAUGACAUUGGUGGUCACUUUUUGCUGGAGGAAAACUGGACAACGUUUAUGAAGGCCAGACUGAACUGUUCCAGACCUGGACAAUUCCCUUUUUACUACAACGAACUCCAGGCCACCUAUUACAACCCAGCAGAAGAGAUCGUGUAUGGCGUAUUCUCAACGGAAGAAAAUGGCAUUGCAGGUUCGGCCGUUUGUGCCUACAACUUGUCAUCGAUAGAGGAGGUCUUCAACGGCUCCUUCCGAUACAAGCCCAACUCCAAGUCUGCUUGGCUGACGUCCCCAAACCCCAACUCUAACUUCCAGUGUGAGACAGUGGGCCCUGACCACCUACGGCCCAACCAGACCAGCCGCUCCCUGGAAGAUGCCAUGAAGUACCAACUCAUGGACCAGGCUGUCCCCCCCUCCCACCACAAUCCACUGGUCCAACAGGAAUAUGACAGAUUUUCUCACAUCGUUGUGGACAGAAUACGAGGGAGAAGGGAAGUUUUCAGUGUCAUGUUUGUAGCAACUGUUUCUGGUACCAUCAGGAAGUACAUUGUUCUACCUGGCACAGACCAGCCCUGUUUGGUGGAGGAGAUUCACCCUUUCCCUGAGGGAGCAGCAGAACCCAUCCGAUCUGUCACACUGCUGUCAGAUGAGGAGGCUAUCUAUGUGGGUUCCCAGACACGUAUAAUGAAGAUUCCUGUCCACAGGUGUCAGCAGUUCAAGUCAAGGAAAACCUGUCUCCUUGCCAUGGACCCCUACUGUGGGUGGGACUCCUACAACAAGAGAUGUGCUUCUCUUAGACAGAGUAUGGAACAUAUGCAGGACUGGCACCAAGACAUCAGCUCCUGUCCUGUUCUCAACCUGCCUGUUGACGGAGAUUACAGCGAGUGGUUGCCAUGGGAACCGUGUACCCAGCUUCUGGAGAGCGGUGAGGAGACGACGUGCAUGUGUCGGUCCCGGUCGUGUGACAACCCUGCGCCGCGGUGUGGAGGGAAGCCAUGUGUGGAGCCCGCCACUCAAGUCUCCAACUGUACAAUUAAUGGAGGCUGGUCAGAGUGGUCGGUGUGGACGUGCUGCUCCAGAACCUGUGGCCCGGCGGUGAAGAUGCGCCAUCGUUCCUGCACUAACCCUGCACCCCAGUAUGGGGGACGGCUGUGUGUGGGGUACAGUCAGGAGCACCUCGUCUGCAACAACCCACCAUGCCCUGAAGCCAAAGGGGUGUGGCUGGACUGGUCGCCAUGGUCACGGUGUUCCCGGAAGUGCGGCGGAGGGAUACAGGAGCGGACCCGGAUGUGCACCGCCCAGGAGUGUCCCUCCGGGUGUGAUAAGGAGUACAGGGAAUGUAACACUCACAACUGCCCAGAAACCCGGAAGUCCACUCCAUGGAGUCCCUGGAUCCACAUGAACAUUACGGACCGCGGUGGUUACUACGAGGGCCGCGUCCGGUACGUGUGUAAGGCCCGUGUGCCUGACGACAGCCUGAUAUGGGUGGGACAUCGCAGGCUGGACAUGCGCUACUGUGACCCCAACAGCAUGCACUCCUGCGCAACGAAAGGUCCAGCUCGAGUUGUCCACGGGGUGUGGUCCAGCUGGUUGCCAUGGUCACCAUGUACAGUGAGCUGCGGUUCAGGGGUCAGAACGCGGCAGAGGCAGUGUAACAACCCCCCUCCCAGCGGCGGUGGUUCGCCCUGCCUCGGACCUGAUGUCAUCUAUAAGGACUGUACCAUGGCACCUUGCACAGGUAGGGAAGGGUCCAGUUCUAACUCUACUUGGUCCUGUUGGUCGGAGUGGUCUCACUGUUCGGUGUCGUGUGAUGGUGGAACGCGGUUCCGUACCAGGACCUGCUUUGGGAUGGGGCGGUGUGAGGGGGAACGGAGGAAGGAAGAGACGUGUAAUGCUCUCCCCUGUCUCAUAAACGGCUGGAGACACUGGACCCACUGGUCGCCCUGUGAUGAUGCCGGCCUGCGUAGGAGGACACGUGAGUGUGGGGAGGAGUCGCCCCUCCCAGGGCACUGCACAGGCAACACCACACAGGAACAGUCUUGUUUAUCUGAUGUCAGCCUGGAUGAUGUCAACAUCCAACCAGUCAAAUCUAGAAACUGGAAUAAAAAGAUUGACCUAAUCUACAUCAUCAUCGCAGGAAUCGCGUCGUUCUUUCUCGGAGGAACACUGUUUCUUGGAUCUUACAUCUACUACCUGAGAUUCCAGGAGUCCAGAAUACACCCCUGUCACAAACACGUAAACGUCAACAAACCAAACAACAAGAAAAUGAUCAACACGAAGCCAAAGAUGACGGUGUAUGAAGCGAGUAAAGGGGAUCCGAAAUAUGCAACUUAUAAGGAUCCAUUCUGGGACUAG